GCAGAAACCACGGAAGAAAACAGCACAGUCGUACCUGCAGCCUACAAUUUCUAUCUAUCAACAUCAAUAACAAAAUAUCAUAACCUCCUAGGAUGGAUCCAGCUGCUGAGAAAGCGUUCGAAAACCUGAUCCAAGAUCAAGAGAGCGUAGAAGUGAUCUUAGGGAAAGCAAAAGAGAUGAUCUGGGAUGAUUUCGCAAAGGAAGCCGGUGAGACACUAAUGUUUAGGUUAUUCGACUCCUUCGCUGGCCUUGAGAAACUCAAAUAUUCAAUAAAAAUCCUCCUAGAAAUGCUUAAUGAAGAAGCAGCACGUCUUAAGAAUACUGGACAAACAAAUACAUUGCAGUCACUGCCGAUGGAGAUUCGCAGCGGUAUAUUUCAGUGUCUACUAGUCAAUAUUGAGAUUGAAGAAGCAUCUUCCAUAUCCCAGCUUGGAAGCUAUGGAGCCAAAAUAAGAUAUGGCCUCAGCCCGCAGAUCUUACUCGUUUGCCGCCUUUUCUAUCACGAGGGAAGGGAAAUUCUCCAUGUUUCUAACCGUUUUUACGUCGAAUCGUUACCCCUUUUCGGCCCAGCCUCGUUGGAAUUGCAGCCUCCACUAACCUUAUGUAGUCCGCUAACUCGUUGGAUCAAUCAGCGUAACGAAGAACACAAGUAUGUCUCGUUUCAUAAGGGCUUGUUGCAAGGAAAUUCAGUUCUAAGACAGGUAAAGAAGUGGAAAUUGGAUUGAGUGCCAAGCAUCAUUCGCCGCGAAGUCAAGCCCAACUUUUCGAAUGGUGUCAGACGCCCACUGGUGGGCCGUUCUUGAGAGAACUAGAAAUUUGUAUCAUUCCAAAGGGUGUGGAAAUUAAUGAUGGGUUUCUGGGUAAGCACUAUUUCUUUCUUCCAAAAUCUGCUGCGUCUAACAACUAUUAACGCGUCAUUACUCUUCAUAGAUGUGUACAAUAUGGGGGAAAUGCUUCAGCCUCUGGAACUACUCCGAAAUAUUCCUAAAGUAUCGAUUCGGACAGCACAAAUAUCUGAGAUACCGAAUUUUGUGUGUAGCGAGGACAGGAAUCAAAUGCCACUUGUGACAAAAUCAAUGUUACCGAAGCUUCAUAUCAACGCUUCCUCAUUGAACUAGU